UCUCCGAUAGCCCCAAGUCCAAGUUAGAAUAGCUGGACACAAGCUACCCCAGUAGCUUUUAUAACCAGAUACCAACAUGCCUGAUCAUUUGGGGUCCGACAUGAGGAAGGUUAAGGAUGAGCCCGAGGAAGAGAAACCAAUUCAGACUCUUGAUGCGGGAGACAUAGCCCUCCUAAAAACAUACGGUGUGGGACCAUACACAAACCAGAUAAAACAAGUAGAAGCAGAUAUUCAGUCCCAUGUGAAGAAAGUCAACGAGCUCAUCGGUAUUAAAGAGUCAGAUACAGGACUAGCUAACCCUGGUAUGUGGGAUUUAGCGGCAGACAAACAGACCCUCCAGGGAGAACAACCUCUUCAGGUAGCCAGGUGCACAAAGAUAAUAAACGCAGAAGGAGAAGACGCCAAGUACAUAAUAAAUGUCAAGCAGUUUGCUAAGUUCGUGGUAGAUCUAGGAGACAGAGUAGCCCCCACGGAUAUUGAGGAGGGAAUGCGAGUAGGGGUAGAUAGGAACAAGUACCAGAUUCACAUUCCUCUGCCGCCCAAGAUUGAUCCUACAGUUACUAUGAUGCAGGUGGAAGAGAAACCGGAUGUGACUUACAAUGACGUGGGUGGAUGUAAGGAACAGAUUGAGAAACUUAGAGAGGUGGUGGAGACUCCCCUUUUACACCCGGAAAAGUUUGUUAAUCUUGGUAUUGACCCUCCCAAAGGUGUUCUCCUGUUCGGACCCCCGGGAACCGGUAAGACGUUGUGUGCUCGAGCAGUAGCAAACAGGACAGAUGCGUGCUUCAUCAGAGUAAUCGGCUCCGAGCUUGUACAGAAGUACGUUGGAGAGGGCGCUAGGAUGGUACGUGAGAUAUUUGAGAUGGCCCGGACAAAGAAAGCUUGUCUUAUCUUCUUCGAUGAGAUCGACGCUGUUGGAGGAGCUCGAUUUGAUGACGGUGCCGGCGGUGACAAUGAGGUACAGAGAACUAUGCUGGAGCUUAUCAACCAGCUUGACGGUUUCGACCCUAGAGGAAACAUCAAAGUGUUGAUGGCCACAAACAGACCAGACACACUGGAUCCAGCCCUCACUAGACCAGGUCGACUGGACAGGAGAGUGGAGUUUGGCUUGCCUGACUUGGAGGGACGAGCUCACAUCUUUAAGAUACACGCCAGAUCUAUGAGCUGUGAGCGUGAUAUCAGGUUUGAGCUGUUAGCCAGGCUGUGUCCGAACUGUACCGGUGCGGAGGUAAGGAGCGUGUGUACGGAGGCUGGCAUGUUCGCUAUCAGGUCCAGGAGAAAGGUUGCGACCGAGAAAGAUUUCAGAGACGCAGUGGACAAGGUCAUCAAAUCCUACGCUAAAUUCUCCUCCACUCCUAAAUACAUGACAUACAAUUAAGGAAUGAGGAUUGAUUGGUUUAUAAUUAAUUAUAAUUAAUUAUAUUUAAGAGAUAUCAUAUUUGAUGGGACCACUUGCACUUUAUAUAUAUACGAGAGAGCUUUCUAGUAGUAUUUGUUAAUGUAACUGGUUUACAAUGUCUAGUUGGUCAGCUUCUUGUCCCUUGAACCAACAGUAUAGAAUAGUGUGACCUUAUUAAUUGCUCGACAUUUUAGAUCUUUUUUUGAGGAGUUUUAGAAGAUGUCACGUGUCAUUAUGACCUGGUUCUAGAGUUACAACAUGUGAUUUGUAUUAAUUUGAUACUAAAUGCAAUACCUGUUGGCUCUGCCGUUUGGA